AUGUUUAAACAACCCAAAACCAAAUCAUCUUCAUUUUCUCCUUCCAAUUAUUGUGUUCUAUUCAGCGAGGUCAUGGAAGUCGACGAGUCGAGAGAAAACUUCUUCAAAUAUCUGGGAGAGGAAGCACUAUGUGGUGAGUGCGUUGAUUUUUUAAAUGAUUUUUCCAGUUUUUCCCACGAAUUUCAAAAAGUAAAAAAUUUGGUGGGAAAAAAACCUACAACACGUGCUGAUAAUGAGGAAAAUGAGCAUGGUAGUAUUAUUUCAUCAUCGUCAUCAUUGGCAUCAUCAUCGGGUGUAUGUUUGGAAUUAAAUGAUGAAAGCAAAGAUGAAAAUUCUCUUACACUGAUUACUGGUAAUAAGAUGAUUUUGGAAAAGAUUGAAAAUUUGGGUGUAAUGGUCAGUGCUAUUAAAAAGCUAUUUGUGAUGGCUGAUAGAAUGAUUUUUGAGCAUGUUCAAUCUGGAGUAUUGAAUGUUCCUAGUUGGAUUAUUAAGGAAACGAAAAAUUAUUGGACUGUUGGAGUUUUGGAAAAGAUUAGAGAAAUGAUUCUAUUGAGAUCGUCUACCUUGUUGGAAAGUGAUGCUUUUGAAUUGAAUAUAAAUUCAUUAUUGGAGAAUGUGAAUGAGGAUAAUAUUGAUCCUUGGUUCAUGAUCAGAUUAGUGACACCUUCCAAGUUGCUGCUCAGAUUGUAUGAAAAUAUACUCAUUGACUUGAAAUUGGACACUUUUUCAAGAUAUUCCAGAAGUGAAUACUUGUAUCAGUUCUUAGAAAAGAUGGGUGAGACAUUCACAACAAGAAUUGCCAUUCAUGUGGAUGAAUUGAGUGAUGAUUAUUCUUCAAACAGAGUCUCAACAACUAAUUCUUCUUCUGAAAUAAUUGCAAAACCAAAAAAGAUUAGGCUGAGAUCUGACGAUUGGAAUUCAAAUACCUUCUCCAAGGAAUUUAUUUUCAGUUGUUUAUAUUAUGCAGAAGAUUCACCAAGAUGGAAGCAAACAAUACAAGCAAAACAAAAACCAUUCCCUCAGACUUGUUACAUUACUGAAAAUGAUUUUGUUAUGGGCAAAAACUCAACAGGUCAAAAAUGUACAAAAGUAGUUAUGGACAUUCCUUACAAUAGAGAUUUUGUCUAUGCUCUAUAUUCGUCGAGUUUACAGAGAAUUGAAUUGGAUCCAUGGAUGAAAGGCUUUAAUUACUUUGGUAUGACAACGAAUGAGCACUCUAUGACCACAACAGCUUUGGAAGUUAUCUUUUCCUUUGGGCCACUCCAAAAACGAAGUUCCACUAUACUUGCAACAAAUAUCUAUGAUCCAGAUGCUGAUUGUUUCAUGUUCUUCUUCAAAACCAAAGAAUUUGAGGAGUAUCAGAGGACUCCAAACACUGUUCCUUCAGAUGGUUUUAUGGUUUUCCUAUUCUACAAACAUACUGACAACUCAACUAGAUUUGUCAAUGUAUUCUUUGGAGAUUUGAAAUUGCCCUUCUCAAAUGAUUUCACAUUUAAUUUUGCUACAAGUUUUGGACUCAAGAAGAUUAACAAAUUAUUGGAAAAGGUAGCUAAGAAAUAUCUUCCCCAAUACGAGGAAUUUGAACGACUAAAUGGAAUACCAUCUUAUUAUGAUUACAAUAAUCCAGAAGAUUACGUUGAUAGUAUUUUCAAAUUUAAAGAUGAUUUGAAAUUCUAUGAAUCCGUCAAGCAAAACCUUAUUCAUUUUCCAGUGAAAAGUUGGCACAGAGAAUUCUACAAAGAAAUGAAAGAAUCUAGAUGAAUUUAUUGAAACAUCAAAUGGAGAUUAAUCCUGGGAGUGUUUGUAAAUGGAUUUUGCUUCCAUUUUGGAAUGUGUGUUAAAUUGAUUGGAAAUGUGUUGGGUAUACCUGUAGUUUUUGAGUUUAAUUUUGGUUUUUAUUACUCGUCAAUAGAGAAAAUAAAAAAAGUGCCUGACGGUGGAGGGAACUAGCCACUGAGCUACACCGUCAUUGGAGUUUAUUAUCAUUGCUUGUUAGUUAAAUUCAAAAGUGCAUUUUAGAGAUCCAAGCUGACUUCUGAAAUUGCAUCUUGGAUUUCAAUUUGUUGAAUAUUCUUUCUACUGGAUGGAAAGAAAGAGGGAUAAUGCUCUUUAAAGAUAAUGUUUGGGUUUAGCUCCUUUAGUUUAUCCCAACUCAGUACUUUUGAAGCGUUUUGUCCUUUAGCCAAUCUCCUCAUAUCAUCUGAAGUUAGUGGACGAUACUCUACAAUUUUCAAACUUGGAUUCUUUUCAAAAGGAUUGCUUGUGAAAAAUACCUUUGGUAGAAUAAUGUGCUCCAAUGAAGGUAGCUUUACAAUUUUUGUAAAAUAAUCCAAAACCAAUUGAUGCUUUUCAAUGUGAAUAAACGAAAGAUUUGGAGAGUUUUCUGAAAUGAGCUUUUAACAGUAUGUAUAUCAAGUAUAUCAUAAACAGUCAAUCGUUUCAAGUUCUUGAAUGAUUCCAGAGCUUGGUGAAGGAUUUCCAAAUUAGUAACAUAGGAAUCAUAAGGGACAUUAAUAUUUCUAGAAUUUUCAACAAGGAA